AUAACUCGUACCUACCACUGUACGAAAGCCUACGUCUGGAACGCAGUGAAGGUGCACACACCAGACAUGAAAACAUUGAUACUUUUCAUACUCUUUGGAGUUGCCUGCUCUGGAUCCAAAUUUCUCCCCCCGGGCAAGAAAUGUCAGAAACUGACGCUCUCGGAGUUGUACGAUGACAAUAUCUGGGACACAUGCGAAGAAAACCAGGUUCCUCACUGUGUGCUGGACGACCAGUGCAGACAUGUACGAGUAUGUUUAAAGGCGGUCACUAUAUCAAAAGGACGAUGUCCAGUCUACAAUGCCAGGGAAAAUAAAAUGGAAACGCGAGAAUGUACUGGAGAGAAAUGUCCUGAUGUAAAUUUUUCAUCCCAAGCUGUCGUCAAAUUUGAUGGGUGUUUUCAAGAAAUCAACUGUAGCAAACGGGAUGAGCUGUGACGACAUGAUCCACAUUUACAGAGACAUGACUACUAGUAUGUAGAAGAUUUGAGAAUACUGAAUACUUGGUCAUCCCCAUAUUAUUUUCGCUUAAUCAAAAAUAAUAUAUAUAUUCAUAUACUUAUAUAUAUAUAUAUAUAUAUAUAUAUAUAUAUAUAUAUAUAUAUAUAUAUAUAUAUAUAUUCGGAAACAUUUGUGUGUGUCCUAUUGGAUUUAAGUCUUUAAACAAAACAAUUAUUGUCUUAUCUAUUUGCAAUUUUGUUGAAUUUUGGACUGACUGUGUUUAUAAGUAUAGCGGCCUACACUAUAGUGAUCUAGUUUUUGGAGCACUCUUUAUAUAGCAAAAGUACUGCGCAACGCUAAGCGUAUGAAAUAUGCUGACAAGGUGUAAUGCUGUAAUGUUUGUACUAACAAUUCACGAACUUCAUAAUGGGGAGAAAUGGGUGCUAUAUCAUGAACGUUUUAUGCGGACUAACGCUUUCCUUUGAGUUUAUAUUCAAAGCCCUUGUGCUAAAAAAAUGAUUCUAUUUUCAAUACAUGUCUAUGCAUAUAAACAUUAAACAUGUAUUGCCAUUCUCCGAAUAUGUGUGGUAUAUACAUUGUGCAUGUGUAAUGAUAUUCAGUAUACAUCUCUGUACUAAAUGUUAUUUCGAAUGUUGCUAACUUGAGCUGACCGUCCAUUUCUAACUAUAUUGAAAAUAAUGUACAGUAUGUUCCAGAAUGUGCUAUAAUAUGCAUGUCUUCUGCAAUAAAGAAUUGUAUCAUA